AUGUGUAAACCUAUAAAGUGUGCAACUUGUGAUGGAACAACAUGGAUUGGAUGUGGGUUACAUAUUCCAAGAGCUAUGAGUGAAGUUCCAGAAGCAGAAUUCUGUUCUUGCUUACCAACCGUCUUCUCUGGAAGAGGGGAAUACCCACCAAAAUUUGGAACUGGUACUCCAAAGGGCUCUGGAACUGUUAGUAUUGAAUAUGAUACCUAA